AUGUGGCCUCGGUUAUGCGAUGCACAUGUGCCCCCUCAGUUCUUGAGGAUUCACGUAUCAAUCACAAUGUCCGCUACUCUUGAUCACCAGAUCCUCUCGUCUGGAUCCACUAUCCCUUGCAAACGCACUCCAUCGCGCUCUGACUCAGACACUGUGCAGGUAGCCCCCGAGGAGUUGCCGUCUUUUACAACUCUGCUAGCAGAAGGUAAAGUAUUUGAAGUGCACGAUGAGUUCGAUGCUAGCCAAUCCGACCUGUCUGCUUCCCAAUCCACUGUUGUGGAAGACGAUGAAGACGAAGUGGAUCAACUCAAUGCGUCCCAGUACAUCAUGACCCAGCCGGCUGUCCCAGAACAUCAGGGGGUCGAUCAAACACAAACACAAUCAGAUCCUAGUAAAGAAGAGCCCCAAAUCAUCCAGAGUUCAAUUCCCAGCCCCGACAAUCGCAAUGUAGAAAUACAUCCACCUUUUCGACAGAAUGUGGCCUGCUUGGUGGAAGGACCGUACUACGCGAAUGACAUAUCACCGCAGAGAGACGAGACCCGUCGACACUUUCAACAGAAUGUGGCUAGCUCGGUGGAAGGACCGGACCAUGCGAAUGGCAUACUACCGAGAGAUGAGACCCCUCGUGUGAACUACUACACAAACGCAGAAGGGAGUCGGAGUCGAAAAUCUAGACAUGUUGUGCAGCCGUCUCCGUGGAAGUGUCCUCCAUAUCGUCUUUGCCAGUGGAGUGCGCAUAGCGGCGAAGAUCCGCAUGAACACGCCGCAAGAUGUGGAUGCUUAAGUCGAAUGAGAUCGGAACAUCUAUUGCGCAUAAGUGCCAGACUCAGAGCGCCUGAAGCUGCUGUCACUCCAGCGCGCCCCAAUGAAGACCCCGAUUUCAAACGAUGGUGUGAAGACCUCUUAAAUCAUAACGGGCAAACAAUUGCUCCGAGCAAUCGCGCUUUACUCUUAGCCGCUUUCAACAAGGGACUCGAAUUUGGAAGCCGCCGUACGAGCGCGAUCCAUCAAAUGCUCCGUGCCGAGGCCACCUCUGCUAUCCCCAGGACCCAACUUUCAACAUUCAAUCCUGGACACCAGUCCGGCAUACGUCCCUUGGUAUACUACCCCCAAACGUCGACUGGUCCAUAUCAUGUACCUUCUGGCAUGCCCACUCCUUCCAGUCCAUCGGGGUCGUUGCCACGCACCAUGCGCGUGGCCCGUACGCGGCCUCAGCGCACCUUUGACCCACUGUAUCGAGUUUGA